UCACAGGAGCAGGGUCACAGUGACCUCCUGAGCAAAUGGACUGCAACGAUUGGGUACCUCCAAGGAGUUAAGAUAUGGAAAAAGAGAAAACCAUUGCUCCUCAGCAAGAAGAAUAAGAAGACAAAAUAAUUGGCAAUAAGACCUCUCUAGCCAUGGCUAGUUCUGAUGUGAAACCAAAAUCAAUAAGUCGUGCCAAAAAAUGGUCAGAAGAGAUAGAAAAUCUGUACAGAUUUCAGCAAGCAGGAUAUCGGGAUGAAAUUGAAUAUAAACAAGUGAAACAAGUUUCCAUGGUAGAUCGUUGGCCAGAGACGGGAUACGUGAAGAAACUCCAGAGAAGGGACAAUACUUUCUAUUACUACAACAAACAGAGGGAGUGUGAUGACAAGGAAGUCCACAAAGUAAAAAUUUAUGCUUACUAGCCUUUGUUCUGUGUGUUGUCAUUACUUAAGGCUUCACUGCUUCAUUCUGCAUCAUGGAAAUGUCAUC